AUGGACGAGGCCAUUGAGGACACUACUAUUGAUUUCUACAACCAGUCCCUGAGCAGUCUCCUGGACUUCCACGUCCCCUUAACAUCUAGAUCUGUCUCAUUCUCGUGCUCAGCACCUUGGUACACCUGCGAGCUACGAAAAAUGAAGGCAGCUGGGCGUGUCCUUGAGCGGCGGCUCAAGCCCUCCAGCAGUCAGAUUUUUCUGUGGUUUGUAGUGUUUGUUGAUACACAGUUGUACAUAUCUGUUAACCCUGAUGAUAUAUCACUGCUAUCUCGGUUAGAAGACUGUCUAUUAGAUAUCCAGUGCUGGAUUGCAAAAAAUUUCCUUAUGUUAAACACAGAAAAAACAGAAGUUCUGGUAAUUGGUCCCAAGGCUGCUAGAAAUAAGUUCCACCACCUCAACGUUGGUAACCUUCCUACACAACCUAACAUGGUAGUUAGAAAUCUUGGCGUUCUUGUCGAUUCAGAUCUAUGCUUUGAUGCUCACAUAAGAAGUAUUACUAGAACUGCAUUUUAUCAUCUACGGAACAUAGCCAAGCUUCGUAAGAUGCUCUCACUUAAUGAUGCAGAAAAACUAAUACAUGCCUUCGUAAGUUCCAGACUGGAUUACUGUAAUGCCCUCCUAUCGGGUUGCCCGUCUGGAUCCUUGCAUAAACUUCAGAUGGUACAGAAUGCUGCAGCCAGAGUUCUAACAAACACUAAAAAAUUUGAUCAUAUUACACCGGUCUUAUCCUCUCUUCAUUGGCUGCCAGUUAAGUCUCGAAUUGACUAUAAAAUACUGCUAUUAACUUAUAAAGCACUAAAUGGCCUUGCACCAGAAUACCUUAGUGAACUGCUGACCACAUACAACCCUCCACGCUUGCUUCGCUCUCAAGCCAUGGGAUAUCUGUUAGUGCCUAGGGUAGAAAGAGCUACGGCAGGCUGCAGAGCUUUCUCCUAUAAAGCUCCUCUGCUGUGGAAUGGUCUUCCACCGGAUGUGCGGGUUUCAGGUUCACUCUCAAUAUUCAAGUCCAGACUAAAAACACACCUGUUUAGUUUAGCGUAUAGGGACACUAGUUCUAGCCCUAGCUAACUCUUCACUCCCAGUCAGACCUGUAGUGUGAGGUGUAGAGCUGGGUGGGGAUCGGUGCCAUUGGCUUUGGAUGAACUGGAUUGUCAGUGCUGUCACUCUAGCUUUGCAAUCUCUUGUGGAACUGGAGUGCUGACAUUUCAGGGACUCCCCAUGCCGGCAUUCCCACUUGCCUCUCCCUCCUACUGAUGCUGCCAUAGCCAUAUCUGCCGGAGCUUGCAGAUUGCACUUCAUAUUGUACUCACCUAGCUUUUAGCACUGCCAAUAGCCUCCUCUACUAUGCCUAAUUGUACAUUUUAUUUCCCCUACUCCUCCUGGGGGUGAUGCCUGGAGACCUCAAUCUAUCAAGAUAUCCAGCACACCCGACCACCACCAGUGACGUCCCUGCAUCCAGCUCGCCGUUCUGAUCUUCCAUGUAUGACCCGCUGCCUUACCUCUGGUUGCCUGGCAAUUGGAAGAAGACUCGGCUUCGGCAUUGGCUUAUCUUCCUUGCUCUCCUCUCUCUAUUUGACUAUCCCUGCUGGCCCCUGGAGGAUGGGCUUCCCCUUUGAGUCUGGUCCCUCUCAAGGUUUCUUCCUUCUAGGGAGUUUUUCCUUGCCACUGUCGCCUAUGGCUUACUCACUGGGGGCUUUGGGUGAGGAUACUGUAAAGCGCUUUGAGACAAUGUAAUGUUGUGAUAAUGCGCUAUAUAAAAAUAAAUUUGUUGUUGUUGUUGUUGUUGUUCUCACUACCAACUGGAUUCACUUUAGAAUGUGAUUUUCAAUCCCGACAUUUGACGACUUCUUGGUUGAUUUUAGCAUGUGUUUAAGAUCAUACUUACUGUGGAAGUGGAUGUCCUGUUUUUGGCAAAGUCUAAGCCCAGCCAGAGCAAACAAGAAUUUUGGAUAAGAACUGUCAUUUGUUCAAUGCCAUAGAAUUGGAAAUGGACAGUAUGGACACGUCCUUACCAAUACUGUGGAAAUACUGUGUGUGUUUAUGGGUCAGGGGGUUCAGGGCUGAUUUUGCCCCUAACAAUAUUGAAACCAGACCUAUGCUCUUGCAUUUGUGAUACCAUCUAUCUUAGUGACUUGUGGAUGUCAGACCACACUAUAAAUAUUAAGCCACAUGUCAUAUUGGGAAAUAAGUUCUUUAGAAAUUUUAAAUCAGAUUAUCGAGUUUCCAUCCUUUCUCUUAUUUCCCUCAGGGGAUAUUUUCUUCAUGAUUGUUGUCAGGGUCGGUGCCUGUCUGGCCCCAUCCCUUUUGUUUCCUUCCUGUUUUGCCAGUAGGUGUCGAUGGUCAUCCUGUUUCCUUUAUCUUGUAGCCCUUAGUCCUUAGUGUGUUUCCCUGCUCCCGGGGCUGCCUCAUAGCUCUAUGGGUUGAGCGUGUGGUUCUGUGGCUUUACACCUCUAGUCAUGAUUUUGAGGCCAGCUUCACCUAUUGUGUAUUUUAUAUUAGUUUAUUCCUUGUGUUUUGCGUUUUUUUUUUUUGUCUUUGCUUUUUGCCCUUGUUUUUGGCCUACCCUGUCCUUGCCUGGUUCAAAUCUGUUCUGCUUAUACUUUUGUCCCUAGUCUUUUCCUAGUGUUGUGAGCCUGUGAGUUUAGUAAUGUUCCUUAGUUUCCUGUGCUUGUUAAUUGUAUGUAUUCCACUUGUUUCUUGUUGUCCUGUGCCUUACUGAUUGGUUAAUUGAGUCAGGGUUUUCACCUGUCCAACACAAUGUCCUGUUCAUGGUUUAUUUAAGUGCCUGCUUUUGUUCUGUUCCUUCUUUUGUUCUGUCACUGUUUCUUAGUGUUGCUCUGUGUGUGUUAGUGAUAUUCUUUAUUAUUCCAUGUUAGUUAGUUGCAGUGCUCCUGUGUUUAGCCAUCCUUAAUGUUAUGGUUCCCUUGGUUAUGGAACAUCUGAUUGUUUGGUCCCGCCUCCCCUAGCUGCUUGGACCCACCUUCUGUAUAAUCGGAUUGGUUAUCUCUCUGAACCAAUCAUUGUAUUAACACCUUUCCUGUAGAGCUCAGUAAUCUUUUAUGUGUGGGUAGUUAUUGCUAUAUUUGUGACUGAUGUAAGGCACCUUAGAUCCAUUCAUGCAUUAAUCGUCCAAGUAGCCGGGGUUGCAGGAGACCCGGAGACAAUCUCAUGCAAAGGGCACGAGACAGAGUUACGGUCUGGAUGGAAUGACACACCUUCUCAGUUAAGACAAUUUUUUAAUGGAAGGCUCUUACCCAACAGGCAUACGCAUGUGUAAUCCAGUGUUCGAUUCUUUUUUUAAUUUUAUUCUGCGGAGUAUGAAUAGAACAUGGUUGUUUUACAUUCCUGUAUCCGUUUACUUUAAUUGGGUUCUGUUAUGUCCGCCAAUCGGGAAAAGGGGCGGG